GCGGCGGGACCCAGGGUACGUGAAGGCAGCCCGGCGGAGCGGGCGGAGUCGAUGUGUCGCCGCGACGGGGAGCGCGCAGCGAGCGUCGGUGUAAACAAGUAACGACAUGGCGAUGGCGCCGCUGCCGACUCAUUUCGCCGUCUGUUGAGGGGCCGAACGGCGCGUCCUCCUCACCCACCUGCGCGGACCCGCUGCGGGUCCGGGGGGGCGGGGGAGCACCAUGGGGACGCGGUGGUCCCGCAGCGGCAGCAGCCUGUCGCUGCUGCCGGAGGGGCAGAGCUCCGUGCGGCGCGACGACUCCCUGGACGGGCUCGUCCGGCGGGAGGACAUAGCCCAGUUCCCGUACGUGGAGUUCACCGGGCGGGACAGCAUCACGUGUGCGACCUGUCAGGGCACCGGGCGGAUCCCGUCAGAUCAAGUCAACGAGCUGGUGGCCUUGAUCCCGUACAGCGACCAAAGGCUGCAGCCCCAGAGAACGAAGCUGUACGUGGUCUUGUCAGUUGUGCUGUGCCUCCUGGCGUCGUCGCUCGUUGCCUUCUUCCUCUUCCCUCGCCUGGUGGUCGUGGUGGAUAGCGGGAUCCGCUCGGUGACCGUUCAGUUUGACCACGUCAAUAAGAAGGUCCUGAUGAACAUGACGAGCACGCUGAACUUCAGCAACCCAAACUUCUUCUCGGUGCUGGUGCAGAGCGUGAGCUGCCAGGUCCUUUACAUGAAGACGGUGAUCGGAACUCAGCAGCUCAACAACGCCACCACCAUCCUUCCACUCAGCCAGCGUCAGGUGAAUUACACAGUGAGUGUGGAGAUCGGCAGCAGCGCUCCGUACGUCUAUGCCUUCUGCACCAUGCCCAGCAUCAAGGUCCACAACAUUGUCAUAUUUGUGCAAACGUCGGUGAAAACCUCGUACAUGGUGCGGACGUCCCAGAACAGCCUGGAGACGUACCGCUACAUAGACUGCGGCUCCAACACCACACGCCACCAGGCGCCCCGGCACCUCGGGCACGUGUCCUCCAACUCCGCUCAGCAGCCGCACGCCUCCGCCCCCGCUCUGCUGUGAGUGGAACAGCCCUGGACGGCAACGGAGGAUGUGUCGGGGGUAAACUCCAGGAUGGAUGCGUGCGUGCGCGUGUACGGACGAGUGGUUUUUGUGGUGGUGGUGGUUGUUGUUGUUGUUGUUAGGCAUCACCAAGGGGGAAAAACGGCUUCCAUUACCUCUUUUAUUACAAGGUCAGUACGGCUUUAAUUCCUGGAGUUGGAACAUCUCCUGCCCCAGCAGCCUCUUUUUUUUUACGAGUGUGCCUGAACUCAUCGUGUGUAACACACAAUUUCCGAAGUGCAGCUUUGCCGUUUCAGACGUGACGACAAUGAGUCAGAGGUUCUCCUGGUGACAAAAGAAGCCCGUUGCCACGGAGCGCUCUGUGGCAGCAACGGGACAAAUGUUGGAGGAAGCCCUCUUUAAAAGGGAACGCCCCAUAUUCCCAGCUGACAGUGACGUGCCAAAGCUUUAGCGAACACGUGCAGUGUUUUGUCUGUCUGCUACUGCUGUAACACAUCUCAAAUGACUCGACACCGUAACAGUACGUCGAGCUAUGGCUCCUGACUUUUCUCCAAAAAGAAGGAGAAGAGAAGGAGGCGGCCUGCCGCUUCUACUUUGAUUUAAUGCAAGGGAUCAUUCAGCGACUACUUCCUGUUACUCCUGUUACUGACUUUUUUUGCUGCGUUUAUUAAGCUGUGUCUGAGGUUGACACAUUUAACACAUCACAGAUGGAUUUUAAAUGAAAUGAUAAAGUUAUUUCUCGGUGCUGUCGUCUCAUCAAGUCUAAUCACACUGACUUUUAAGAGUAGGGGUCAAAGUUUCAGAGAAAGGAACUCUGUUCUCAGGUUGGAUUUAAUUUAAUGUAUCAGCGGAGGUCACGUGAUGAUGUCACCCAACCUCGGUUCCCUGAACCAAUCGAGUCUCCGAGUUUAAAAAGGUUUGCAAUCAUCACUUCACGACCCCGGUGAAGCUACUGGGAGAUUUUCCCACCGACAUACCUCAUGUGUAUCCAUGGCAACCUAACAAGCCAGUAAACAUCACACAUUUCAACAGUUAUUUCCAUUGGCUUGUGGUUCAAGUUCCUACUUCUGCUUCAGCGUCGGCUCUGCGUAGAGUCGUUCGUCCCCAGGUUGAUGUCACCAUGGAAACAAGACGGCCGAGAGCAUUAAUGAUUUUUUCUUUUUUAAGGGACAGUUUGUAAAUUUACGAAUGAAUAGUUUUACAAGGGUUUUUAAUAAUGUGCUUGGUUCUAGUUUGAAAAAAAAUAUUAAAAGGAAAUGCGAAUAAAUACAUUUAACAAUGA